AAUACAUAGGAGAGUUUUGAAGGGGUUCUUCCUUGCCAUUGGACGAAGGCAAAUGGUUUUUUGGAGUCAAAUACUAGUUGCCGUGAAUCACAGAAGGUAGAAGAAAUUCCGACCCUGUGAGGACAAGCUUGUCAAUCCAGAAGUUUUCUUCUGGUGGUAAAAACUGGUAACAAGUAUCAGGGGAUUAUAUAAUUAUAUUUUGGCUCCCUGUCUCUUCGUUCCCCACCUUGAGUUUAUGAGCGACGGGGUAGUCGCCGGGAAGCACCCAAAGACCAUCUCGAGGUUUGAAGAGCAAGGACCAAGAAACAUGAGCCUAACCUUCCCGCGGGUUCUUCAUGCUCCUGGUCUCCUUUACCGUAGUUUGACUUGCACCAAUCACACAGGUUAUCUACUUUUCUUGCCCCGGACGAGAAGAUUUUGUGCAAUUACCAUCUCAUCAGUUUCCAAGUCAAGUGAAGAGCUAAUGGUGGUGGUGGGAGGUGGAGCUGCUGGAAUAUAUGGUGCAAUCAGGGCAAAAACUCUGGCCCCCAAUCUUAAAGUAGUUGUUGUCGAAAAGGGAAAAGCUUUAUCCAAGGUUAAGAUUUCUGGAGGUGGUCGCUGCAAUGUGACUAACGGUCAUGGCGUUGACAAUAUGAUUUUGGCAGAACACUACCCCAGGGGACACAAGGAACUGCGAGGGUCUUUUUUCAAGAUGCAUAGCCCAAUGGACACUAUGACUUGGUUUUCUGAUCAUGGGGUAGAGCUUAAGACUGAAGAUGAUGGAAGGGUUUUUCCUGUCAGUAACAGUUCAUCUUCUGUAAUUGAUUGCCUCUUGUCUGAAGCCAAGAGCAGAGGAGUUAUACUGCUGACUGGAAAGGUUGUGACAAGUGCUUCCAGUAUUGCCAGAGGGAAAUUCACUGUCAGGGUAGAGAAACAGACAGCUGAUAUUGUAGAGUAUGUGGAAGCUGAGUAUCUUCUAAUUGCAAGUGGAAGCAGCCGGCAGGGUUAUAGUCUUGCUGCUCAGCUUGGUCACACUAUUGUGGAACCUGUACCGAGCCUAUUCACUUUCAAGAUUGAUGAUGUCCAGCUAGCAGAGUUGUCUGGGGUUACAUUCACCAAGGUAAAAGCUAAAUUGAAACUAGAUACCAUGCAGAAGAAUGUACCACAGCUUACACAGGUUGGACCAAUGUUGGUAACGCAUUGGGGGCUUAGUGGUCCAGUGAUUCUUCGCCUAUCUGCAUGGGGAGCCCGUGAUCUUUCCAGUUCAAAUUAUAAAGGUAUUAAAAUACUUAAUUUUCUGUUACCGGUUUCAGAUCUUAAUAUUUUCAUCUGUUUAGUGAAGUAUCAUACCCGUUCAGGCAUCCUUGAAGUAGAUUUUGCUCCUGAUCUUCAUGCUGAAGAUGUAAAAUCUGUUCUCAAUCAACACAAGAAUCAAUUCCCAAAGCAAAAGUUGCUCAGUUCGUGGCCUUCUGAAUUUGGCCUGGCAAAAAGAUUCUGGAAAUAUAUAAUAGACCGUAAGGGUCUAUCUGGAGAUAUCCUCUGGUCUUCAAUCUCUGGCGGCUCAUUAACAUCAGUUGCUUUUCUCUUAAAACACUGUACCUUUAAUGUCAUAGGCAAGGGUCAAUUUAAGGAUGAGUUUGUCACGGCUGGAGGAGUUCCGUUGUCUGAGAUUUACCUGAAUACAAUGGAAAGCAGGAUUCAGUCCAAUCUGUUCUUUUGCUGGGGAGGUACUGAAUGUUGAUGGCGUUACUGGUGGUUUCAAUUUCCAGAAUGCCUGGUCUGGUGGAUACAUUGCGGGGACAAGUGUCGGUAACCUUGCUAAUGGCAGUAACCCUAGAUACAGAGAGGAGGAUGUUGCGUAGAGAAACACCAGAAUGUGGCAUGCUCAAACAUGGCAAAAGGUGGUACGAAUGCCUC